AUGGAUCCCAACUUCAAUAGUGUGUGGAGCACCUCCGAGAUCAAUAUGGUGAAGUCACUCAUCACUAGUCACAUCACCAACAACACCUACACUAGUAGUGCCCAUGACAACAAUAACUUUGGGAUGCCAAUGGAGGCUCCACCCAUGGACAACAUGAACAUGUUGCAAGGUUAUCUAAUGGAUGAGAUCGGGGCCACGAGGCGUGUAGAGGGACAACAACAUAUGCGAAAUGUUGUUCCUAAGCAAAGGAGACAUGCAGUGAGGUUUUGGACUAUAGACGAGCACAGGAAUUUCCUCCGUGGACUAGAAGUGUUUGGUCGUGGUAAAUGGAAGAACAUCUCCAAGUUCUUCGUCCCCACAAGGACACCGGUGCAGAUCUCUAGCCAUGCUCAAAAGUAUUUUCAUAAGCAGGAGUGCACCACCAAAAAACAACGCUUCAGCAUCAAUGAUGUCGGCCUCUAUGACACACAGCCAUGGGUGCAGAACAACCCUUCUAGCUGGGAGGCCCUCACCUUCACUGGCGGUGCUUACAACACAAACUACAAUGGCUUUGAUGGAAAACAUGUUGCCUUUAACAGCCUUGCAUGUGCCAGCCAGGCAAGUGUCAACCAGGUAGCUACAUGGAUUACGGACCAGCAGACAACAAUAAGUUCUUUUGUAGCUCCAGUGACGGACGUGAAUGGGAGCCAGAUGACCAGUAAUGGUCAUCAACUGGGAGGCUUUCUUCACAAUUAG